UUAAUGGGGCAAUUAUUUUUUAAAUUUAGAUAUUUAUUUUUGACUAAGACGCUGGUUUUUUACCAGCAUAAAAAAUUUACAUAAAACCCAACCGUUGCCGAAUUAAGGUACUCAGUUCGUAUUUUAAUUGUGGAAAUACAAGAAGUGUUCUCUUUCCGUUUACAAAUUUACAAAAGAAAUACAUAUAUUUCAAGCAACAUGACAUUCGAAAAUGAGGUACUUGAAGCCCACAAUGUCUACAGAGCUAAACAUAAUGAAGAUUCAUUGAAGCUAAGUGAAAAACUGUCAAAUCUAGCCACCACUUGGGCUAAGAAACUAUUGGCCAGCGGUGCCACGGAGUAUAAUCUAAAUAGUACCUAUGGACAGAACAUCUAUAUGGCAUCGUGUGCGGAUCUGGCUGCCAAAGAUGUAGUCGAUGCCUGGUAUAAUCAAAUCGAUGCAAGCAAUUGGAAAAAUCCAAGUCAACCCGUUUGGAAGGGUUCCAAAGAGCUGGGCGUGGGAUAUGCUAGAAGAGGAAAUACCAUUUAUGUUGUGUGCUACUAUGAUCCAUCAGCCAACCAUAUGAGCAUGUUACAAAAUGCACCAAAGUGAAUUUCGAGCAUAUUUUUUAAAAACCUUAUUCCCUUAAAUCUUUUUAUAAUUAAUAUCAUAUUAAUAUUUAUAUAUAUCAAAGCAGACUUGAACUAGGUUAUAUUUGCUGUUUUCAUAUAUUUAAUGCAAUAGCAAUAAGAGAAAUCCAGAUAACAUUUAUUUAGUUAUUAUAAUAUUUAAUUUCUUAUGCGGUAUUUAACUUGCAAAAUACUUGCCCCACUGUGCCUAGGAAGUCGCUAAUGCCAUGGUGUCUAUUGCUAUAGCCACAUGUUUGACACAUAUUUACCAACUCUUAUCAAUUUAAAGACGAGCCCCCUUUUUGGUGUGCUGAACUCGUUUAAAAUUUAAUUUCAGAAUUUUUUAAAUAAAUUGAACUAUGUAGAUACAUAUUUAACCGAUUAAAAUUAAGUUGG